AUGAAUCCUGCCAGCUCGGCCGUUCCUGCAAAAGGGAAACCGACGUUAUCAACUACAGAUGUCGAGAAUACGGACUUAGAGCUAUCAGAUGUGCUCCCAAACCCGCCUCAGCCCGAUGUCAUGAAAAUGGCACAACUGGGUGAUGAGGCGGGCGUAAGACAGCUACUCGAUUCUGGCAAAAUCCCGGCAAACUAUGCCGAUCCUGAGGGCAUCACGCCGCUACAUUGGGCUGCAAUCAACAAUCGUUACAAUGUCUGUAAGGUCCUCCUCGAGGCUGGUGCCGACGUAAAUGCCGUCGGUGGCGAGUCAGUCGCUACUCCCGCUAUGUGGGCUGCCCAAGAAAAGCACUACUACAUUGUUGACCUCCUCACACGAUACGGCGCCGACCAUCAGAUCACAGACGGUCAAGGCUACAACAUCCUCCAUCUCGCAACCUUCAAUGGAAAUCUCUUCCUCAUAAUUCUCCUCUUACAUCAGGGUAUAAAUGUCGAUGUCAAGGACACACAAGGUCAUACACCCUUGAUGUGGGCUGCAUAUAAGGGUUUCCCGGCGUGUGUGGAGUUAUACCUAUCAUGGGGAGCGGAUGUCACCGCUGUAGACGAUAAGCAACUUACCGCUCUGCAUUGGGCGCUGGUAAAGGGAAAUUUCCAGUGCAUACAGAAACUUGUCGAAUAUGGGUCCGACAGAUUUCACAAAACCGACACCGGAAACACGCCCCUACAAGCUGCAAAGGAUAUGGAAACACUGCACAUCUUCCAAGAAGCUCUGGCGGAAUCCGGAUAUACGAAGGAGGCCAGGCCGAAACACACGAACGCGCCCUUCUUUUUGAGCGUUCCGGAGUCCCGGGAAAGCUUCUUAAGAAAGUUUUUGUUCUUUUCACCUUUCUUUUUGAUAUGGGUGGCAUUAACGGCAUUGUCGAUAUUACCUGCGAUAUUGUCAAUACCGAUACUCAUCGGCCUUUUCAUUGCUUCAAACAUGGGUGUUACUAAGGCGUUACAAGAGUUCGGAGCUCCUGGGCAAAAGGUAGUGCACAAGACACCAUUUUUAGCGGGUAUUUUUGCGGGCACGGCGUUCUGGUUAGGAUUAAGAUAUUUUUCUACGGUAUUCCCUGCUACAUACGAGCAGCAUCCUAUUCUAAAUUUUGUGUUUAUGAUUUUUUAUGGGCUUUGUGUGUAUUUCUAUGCUUUCAGCAUGCGGGCGGAUCCUGGCUUCGUCCCUUUAACAAACUCCCGGGAAGCGCAAAAGGAGAUUGUGCAGGAUCUUCUAUCGCAGUGGAAGUACGACGAGCGGAAUUUCUGUGUUCACUGUAUGGUUCGAAUGCCACUGCGAUCGAAGCACUGCAGGAGAUGCUCAAGAUGCGUAGCGAGACAUGACCAUCACUGUCCAUGGAUUUUCAACUGUGUUGGCGUUAGCAAUCAUCGACAAUUCCUGGCCUAUGUUGUUACUCUUGAACUCGGUCUAAUUUCUUAUAUUUCAUUAGCGUAUUUCUAUUUCUCUGCCCUCCCUGAAGUUUCUGUGGAAAACUGCCUCUUCCUUAGUGUCAGCAUGUGCCAGCCAGUCUGGGCGGAUCCAUUUACACUUUAUUUAAGCAUCUGGGGAGGUCUGCAGUCAACUUGGGUAACCAUGCUGUUUAUCGUCCAGACUAUCCAGGUUCUACGCGGACAAACCACGUAUGAGAAUAUGCAUGGCUCCCACCAAGGAUUCGACGACCAUGAAGUUUCCAAUAUGGUAUCCAGCAUGAUCACAGGCGGUGGGGCAUCGUUGGGAGGAGUGGGAUUGGAACCCAGCGGUGCAGGCCCAAAUCCACUGAUAACAGCCCCCGGAGGGGCCCAUGGCGGGAGACAAGGUCAUGGUCACCAAGGCCACUCGCACGGUCGAGGCGCACACGGACAAGGCGGUACAUGGAACAAAGUAUUACGACUCCUAGGUGUCGACACAUUCCUGGCUACGGCGAAGGACGGCGUAGCAGAUAAUAAGAAUCGGUCGAGACGGCGGCAGAACCCGUGGAAUCGGGGCAUCAUCACAAAUUGCAAUGACUUUUGGUGUUCUGGCGUUGGAGAGUUGUUCCAGGGCGCUCCAAGCGGAGAAGCUGUGCUGGGUGGCCAGAGAGUGGAUUACUAUACAAUGUAUGAGACGCCAGCAAGGUUGAGGCGUGAUGGCGGCGGGGCAGGAGGGGCAUACCAGAGUGUGGCAGGAGAUGAGCAAGUUUAG